CCUGGCGCGCGCGCGCGCCAUUGUGUGGCUGGACUCGGCCCGCCGUUGCGGUGUGAGGCGCGUGUUCGGGCUCUCGCCGACCCCGCACCUGCAACCGCGGGCCAUUGCCUUGCGGCCCGUCGUUUGGUAGCCAGCCCUCGGGCCCCCUGCCCGCCACGGACAUGCCGCGCGUCUACAUAGGACGCCUUAGCUACAACGUCCGGGAAAAGGACAUCCAGCGUUUUUUCAGUGGCUACGGCCGCCUACUCGAAGUAGACCUCAAAAAUGGGUACGGCUUCGUGGAGUUCGAGGACUCCCGCGACGCCGAUGAUGCCGUUUACGAACUGAAUGGCAAGGAGCUCUGCGGCGAGCGCGUGAUCGUGGAGCACGCUCGGGGCCCGCGCCGCGAUCGCGACGGCUACAGCUACGGAAGCCGCAGUGGUGGAGGUGGAUACAGCAGUCGGAGAACUUCUGGCAGAGACAAAUAUGGACCACCUGUUCGUACAGAAUACAGACUUAUUGUAGAAAAUCUUUCUAGUCGUUGCAGUUGGCAGGAUUUAAAGGAUUUCAUGAGACAAGCAGGUGAAGUGACCUAUGCGGAUGCUCACAAAGAACGCACAAACGAGGGCGUGAUUGAGUUUCGCUCUUACUCUGACAUGAAGCGUGCUUUGGAUAAACUGGAUGGUACAGAAAUAAAUGGCAGAAAUAUUAGGCUCAUUGAAGAUAAACCACGAACGAGCCAUAGGCGGUCUUAUUCUGGAAGCAGAUCAAGGUCACGGUCUAGAAGAAGGUCACGAAGUAGGAGUCGCAGGAGCAGCCGCAGUAGAUCUAGAAGUAUCUCAAAAAGUCGCUCCCGAUCCAGGUCACGGAGCAAAGGUCGAUCACGUUCCCGAUCAAAGGGCAGGAAAUCCAGGUCAAAGAGCAAAUCUAAGCCCAAGUCUGAUCGAGGCUCUCGAUCCCGUUCUCGAAGCAGAUCUAAAGAUGGGUAUGAGAAAUCUCGAAGCAGGUCUCGGUCUCGAUCGCGUUCCCCCAAGGAAAAUGGAAAAGGUGAUAUAAAGUCAAAAUCCAGAUCAAGGAGCCAGUCUCGUUCCAAAUCACCCCUGCCUGUCCCACCCUCAAAGGCUCAUUCUGUGUCCCCUCCACCAAAAAGAGCUACAAGAUCCCGUUCUAGGUCUCGCUCAAAAUCAAGGUCACGGUCCAGAUCGAGUUCCAGAGAUUAAUCCAGAACUGUACGUUCUUUGCACACUAUUACAGAACACUUUUCCUACUUGGCUUAGGCAGUUACUCUUUCAUGUUUGUACUUGGCCUCUCCUUGCAAGAGGAAUCACCUGAAAACAGGGGCUCACAGAAAUUGGAUUUAUGGCCAAAUUUGUUGGAAAAGAUGAGGUUCUAAAGAAAUGGUGGCAUGAAGUCAAAGACCCUCUCCCUUCUUUGUAGAAUUAAGAUAAUUUUGAUUUUAUAGCUUUUGAGCUAAAAUAACUUUUGUAAAGAUUAAGCUCAUUUAGAUUUUUUUUAAGUAUUUCAGCAGGAUCUGUUGUAAGGGUUUUUUGUUUUAUUUGUUUGCUUAUUUUUAAAUUAACCGUUUCAAGCUUUGAAAACUUAAGGCUUUAGAGGGAGAACCUAAUUUUCAAUUACGUUGGCUUUUUAUAAAGCUUGAGUUAUGUAAGAUUUAAAUAAAAGUUUGCUACCAAGAUGAUUGCCUUAUUGAAUAGGUCAAUGAUCAUCCUUUAAGUAUUGACAUAUGCUAUUUGUGGAAAAGAUAUAAAUUCUACUUAAGUGUAAAACAAGGCAAGCCUCAGACCAGCAAUAAAUUAUUCAAUUUGGAGAACGUUGUCCUGUUGAUCAAGUUUGCGAAGUCUAUCUGCCCCUCUAAUGUUAGGUUAAAAUUAAAAAGUACUUUGUAGCCAGUCUAGUCCACAUUUCACCUAAAUUAAUAGGUUUUAAAUGAAACUUUUUAAAAAUUUAAAUUUGAAUGCUUCAAGAAAUAGCUCCUAAUACUUUGGAUCUAGUUUAGCUAAUACCACUUUCUGGAAGGUGAUCAGCGUAAUUUGUGUCUUGUUAGAAUAUGGUUCAGUUGUCUUGAAUCCAAAAGUAGCCUUUCUUUGAUCAGAAAUUUAGCAUAUUGUUCAAAGUGGAAAAGCAAAGACUGCAUUUUCUGAUGGAAAUCAAACUCAUUUAAUAGGCACGUAAAAGAUCACUUGGUAAAGUCAGUUGCCGAUUAAGGUAAAAUCCCACCCAACAAUCAGUCCAUUAUAGAUAGUGGGGUGAGGUGAUAAUUGGUUAGAUCAUCCUUGUAAAUUUUAUACAAUGUAUAGAUAGAUUGGGGGAAAAAAUUAAGUGGGUAAACCCUAAACUCUUUGUACUUUUCUUAUGACUGAAGUGUAAUAUACGAAAUUAUGCAAAUUUGUAGGUGUUACUGGAUUAGUACUUAGUCUAUAAAUCCAUAAGCCUAAUUAGUUGAAAUUACAGUUUGAGAAAUAAUCAACUUAUACCCCUUUGCUCAAAUACCUUUAGUGGUUUUUAAAAUUAACUUCAUUUAAAAGUGCUCAUUAAACUUAGUCUGAAGUCAAGGUAUAUAUUACUUGGUUUAGCUUUACUAUCUUCCUAGGAGCUGUCACCAUGGAAGGUACUAAGGUUGGGUUGUGGUAGGGCAUGAAGCCACACUGCUCAUUGUGCCACAGGUGUGUCUGGAAAGCAUGAUAUUCUAGGGGUAGUGGUGGGGGUUCAAAUGAUCCAGAAGGCAUCCCCAGUAAAGUGAGGCUGAGAAGAAGAAUUCAGUCAAAAUAAAGAUCUACAUGUCAAACUAGAAGAGCUGAGUGGGAGUACUUGAUAAUGAGUUUGAAAGCCUCUGAACUGGCUUACUUCAGAAAUAAAAAUUAGAUGAAUAAACUAUUAUUGUUUUAAAGAAAUUCCUGGGUUUCCUGUUAGAAAAUCUUUAAAGCUUCCAUGAGCUUAUUUUCUUUACUUUGAUAUUUUUUGUUUUUAUAGAUAUUUACUAUAUAAGAAAUACCUUUUUUCCCAUAUAAACUUCAGAAUUUGAGAGAAGAAAAUGGUGUUGACAAUUGUAGUUCAUUAUUUUUUGUCUUUUCUAAAGAACAUAAGUGAUGAUUCUUAGUUUAUAUAAUAUAAAGAGGCAUGCUUCCAUUGCCUUUCAAAAUUUAGUGUUUUAAGGACUAAUGAUCUUAAAAAUUGGCUUUGACCAAAGUUCUCUUGUUUUCAGGGAAAGAACAUAAAAGCUUUUAAAACCACAGCCUUUUAAAAAGAAGGAGGGGAAUAAUACAAAGUGAAAUUUUGGCUUUCUUAAAGUAUCCAACAUCCUUCAACUGGGCUCUCGUAUUAUGUUACAUCACUUGGUGACAUGCAGGUUUGUCCACGUCAUAUAGCUGCCCCAGUAGUGGGUUAUUGUAUAAGUAAAUGUCUGCACCCGUAAAAAUUUUCUAGUAGGAGCAAAGACCAGUUUAUUUGAAAAUUCACAUCCUAUAACACACCUGUGAACCCAAGUCAUGGGUAUGCCAAACCACUGUAUUUAUAACAUUGGCCCACUUGAGAACAGAGUUGACUGAUAAAAAUGUUUAGUACCUUACUAACUUGUGUUGAAUCCAAGAGUUUUAGAAUAUGCCACACAUUCAUCUUUAGCAAGAUAGAUGGAGUAUUAAGCUGAUACAGGGCAGAAAGAAAUGAGUAACAUCUUGGCUCCCCUUUCACUUGACAGUUUUAUUGACAUGCCACAGUGCCUUUACGGCCAGUUUGAGUCCUACCUGCUCCUGCAACUUUUACUUUCCUCCUCCUGUGUUGUUACCACCUUUCAUCUUGGUAUUUUUCCCACCUUGUUAACCUGUUUUAUGCUUUGCCUCAAUAAAAUGCUUACCGAGGGAA